UUAGCUCUGACCUUUGGGUACGCGCCAGAGUGCCCGCGGCAAAAGCAGGCCGUUGUUACCCGCCGGCUCUUCGGCAGACCUUCCAAAUUCAUGUGGGUAUUUAUCAAUCAUUUCUGUAUGAUACAUCUGUUGGGUACAUCGAUGGGCCAGUAGUGUUUCCGCGCAGCGCAUCAGCAACCGUUUGCGCGCUGCGCGCAACUGGGCCCGAUCGGGCGACAUAUAAAGCCCUUUGCAUUCAUAGUCACUCACUUGUAAUACAAGGACAUGUUGCAACGCACAAAGCUUGUCUAAAGUUGAACUGCUCAACGAAAGCGUUGUGCGACUUCGAUUGAUUGUCUUUCGGGUCAAGCUCGUCUUAGCCUUAAGCUCCAGCAGUAUGCUGCAUGACAUGAAGAAGGUUCGAGGUCUCGCCGUUGCAGCAAUCGCGGGCACUGCGGCGCUCGCGGCCAUGAUUGUGCGUCGCAUCGGGCACCGCAGCGCUGCGACCAAAGGCCGUGCAGACCAGGAGCCCAAGGCGGCCCUGAAAGCAGCACCUCAGGAGCCUGUGGCGCCUGCCUCGGCUGACGUCGAAACUCCCGCUGCUCCGACCCUGCCGCUGCCCUCCGUGCCACCCUUGCUGGCCCCCGAGCUGCUGCUGCCAACGGCUCUCCCCACGAUGCCCAAGUGCUCAAGUCCCGCCCCAGCCACCCCCACCGCUACUGCCACCGCCAACGGCCCCGCCGACCAGGGCGCCGCCGCGCGCCGCAGCAACAGUGGCAGCAGCACCUGCGGUGUCAGCGGCAGCUCUUGUGGCAGCAGCAGUGAGACCGAGGUUGAGGCGGACGACCUCGCCGAGGUGGCCGCGAUCGAGGCGGUCCUGCAGCUCGCCAGCCCCUGCAGCUCGGACACCAACGCUGAUGCUGAGGGAGGCCACCGCCUGCGCGGCCCCGGCGUCAACACCACUGCCCUCAUGAACGGCGACGAGAAGCUAGCUCACGCGUGCCGGAUCCUUACGCCGCCGAUGCCCGGUGGCGCCCCGCUGCCGCGCCCUGCCGCCCGGACCAGCACCCGCGUCACCAACAGCAGCGGAGCUGCUCGGGCUGGCUCGGGCCGCCCGGCCGCUGCCACCAGCCCCGUCUACCGCGCCCUCACCAGCACGAGCAGCGGCUACGGUCGCCUGUCCACCGAGGGCCUGUGCGCCGGCCUGCCCGAGGACCUCCGCCACAAGAUCAUCACGGGGCUGGAGCGCGAGCCGCCGCCGGCUAGCAUGACCUGCAUGCCCGGCUGCUCGCCCAACGAGGUCCGCGCCCGCCACCUGGCCACGUACGGCCUGGACACGUACCACGUCAUGUGCGAGGAGGCCUGCGACGACCCGCGCAUCCGCGUCAGCGUGGUGCUGGUGGCGCUGCCCUACCGCGCCAGCGUGCCCGCCGUGCUGCUGCAGUGCCAGCCCGCCGCGGCGACCGGGCAGCAGCCGCGGCAGAUUCCGGUGGUCCGCCCGCCCACGCCUGCCGUGUGGCUGUGGGACUCCCGUGCGCCGGCGUACGAGGGCGGGCCACACACGUUCCUGAUGUCCUACAAGAAGGGCCUGUCCGUGACCGACUACCUGGACUGCAUCAUCAUGAGCGAGAAUUGAGCGAGACAUUAUUCAAGUUGAAGUUGCAAGUUUAUUCAAGAGACCGGGCGCCUCCGGGAAAGAAUCCCCACGCCCACGCGCACGCCUAAGGCGCCCACACCAGCGCUCGUCAUCGCCCGCGCAGACUGACUGGUGAUGAAGCGACUCUCGGGCUCCUUGCCAGACAGGGCUAGGCACUGCCGCGAAGGCGCCACCACACCCCACUGCGUCACCGGCCGCGGCCACCACCACCACGCCCAGCCCUACGUGUGCGGCCUUACUUCAGCACCCGCAUUUCCACCAGUGAAGGUGGCAUUAUUAGACCAGUGGUGCCAGGGGCUUGCAUGCCUGCGUGCUUGCUUGUCACCCGUCCUGAGCGCAAGGUGGGCUGAGGACAACUUGGUGCGCGCCAUUGAGCGCUGCUGUAGAUUGUCAUUUCACGAGGCACGUUGUGCCAUUGGUCAAAGAGGUUGAGCGUCUAUGGACUCGUUGCUGGAGGUUGCUGUGAACUGGCAAAGCGUUGGGCCCGUUUGAGCCAGAGGAAAUGGGCAUGCCUGCAAGUUGCCGAACCACAUCAGUGUAACACACUGCUGCGAUGACAGGU